AUGGGGGCUGGAUCUAGGUUGGUGGAAACCUGCAUUGUGCGUGGUUCUUUCAGAAGUCUUCACCACGGGGACAGUGUUCCUGGGAAAACUUGCUGUGCUGGUGGAAUGAGCAUAUUUGCGUUGCUCUUCUAUAGAAGCAUGUUCGGUGCUGUGUUCACCCUUCCCUUUGCUCUUUACUUUGAAAGUGGCAAGUGGAAGGAGGUGAAUACAAAAACUGUUGGGUGGCUCUUCUUAAACGCGCUUUCUGGGUACUCGUUACCAAUGGCGUUUUAUUACUACGGAUUGCGGAACACAGCAGCCUCAUAUGCGGUGAUUUUCUCGAGUAUCACCCCGCUAGUCACGUUUGUUCUCUCGAUAUUGAUCGGCAUAGAGCAGUUGAACAUCAAAUCAAAGAGUGGCAGUGCAAAAGUGCUUGGAGCACUUUUCUGUUUCACUGGGGCUUUACUUAUUAGUCUCUACACUGGAAAAGAGCUCCAUCGAGGGAGGCUGGUUAUAAGUGUGUCCCCUAAAGGUUCUAAUGCAGCUUCUGGAGAGAAUCAUUUGAGGGGCACACUACUAAUGUUGAGUUUUGGCCUCAGUUACGCAACUUGGUACCCUAUCCAGGUGAAAGUUCUGAAGGUCUGUCCGUGGAAGCAUUGGUCAUCUGUGCUGACCUGCAUUCUUGGCGGUGUGCAACCUCUUGUCGUUGGCAUAACAAUUACACGGGACAAAAGUGCCUGGCAGAUGAAAUGGAACAUCCAAUUGCUAACUAUCAUUUAUUCAGCUGCGCUUGGCACAGCAGUCAAGUACUGGCUCAACCUGUAUGCCGUCGAAAAGAAGGGACCGGUUUUCCCACCUAUGUUCAGCGUUCUAUCGACAGUCUUCACCAUAAUUUUGGGAAUAUUGUUGCUAGGAGAAAGUCUCACCCUUGGGAGGUAA